AUGCGCGCGCGUUGGUGUUGUGUGGUCUUGUGUGCAUUCGUGUUGGUGGCAAGAACUGGGGCCUUGCCACCGGCCGCUCUUGGCGAUGUCGUCGCUAACGCUGCUAGCAGCCUUAACUCCAUGAAGGUAACGGGUGCAUGGAGACGCCUCUCUAGUACGGUGAGCGAAUCGGAAGGUCUAAAGCAUGCUCUGCGAAGGUUGCAGAAUGUGCCCCAGAGAGCAGUGCGACUGGUCCAUGCUUUAGUGGAUCGCAUGCGCGUCGGUGGCGGCCCUUUGGUCACCACGCGUCUUGGAUCGUUGCGUGGACGCAGAGUUGUGGCGAGAAGCACUCCGCAAGCACCAUAUUAUAGUUUCAAAGGAAUAAGAUAUGCAGAGCCGCCUCGAGGGUCGCUUAGGUUCCGGCCCCCAGCUCCACUGGAACCCUGGUCAGGAGUCCGCGAUGCUUUGGAAGAAGGUUCCGUCUGCCCUCAUAGGUUUAUGCUCUUCGAUACAUAUAAAGGCGACGAAGACUGCCUUUUUCUAAAUGUCUAUACACCAGCUCUGCCGGACCUUAUGUCGGGGUACAAUCCUCAACUCCCCGUAAUGGUAUGGAUCCAUGGAGGCGCAUUUGCAGUGGGUUCAGGAAAUGCAUUUUUGUAUGGACCAGAUCACCUCGUCGGUGCUGGAGUGGUGCUAGUCACCCUCAACUACAGGCUCGGAGCCCUUGGAUUUUUGAGUUUGGAAAAUGAAGAGGUAUCUGGGAAUAUGGGGUUAAAGGAUCAAGUGAUGGCCCUUAAGUGGGUCCAAGACAACAUUGAAUUCUUCGGAGGUGAUCCCAAUAGAGUGACCAUAUUCGGAGAGUCAGCCGGAGCUGCGUCUGUACAUAUGCAUAUGCUAUCUCCAGUUUCUAGGGGUCUCUUCCAUGGAGCGAUAGCGCAGAGUGGAUCAGCGACAUCCCCCUGGGCUCUUGCAAAGGAGCCGAAGAAUCGCGCCUUUGAACUGGGCCGAGAACUUGGUAUUGACACAAACAAUACGGCUGAAUUGUUAGGAUACCUUCGUGCCACACCCAGUGAGCUACUAGUGAAAGCUGCUGCGCGGUUAUUCGGAAUCGUUGGCAAAACUGCUGAUCUGCAGAGCACUGUUGCUCUGCCUUUCUUGCCGAGUGUUGAGCCUGAUAUACCAGGAGCAUUCUUCACGGAUGAGCCGAAGGCCUAUCUCCCAGGCGCUGAUGUACCGUUUCUCACCGGAUAUAACGCACAGGAAGGAAUUCUUCUAUUGCGUCGUCUCCAACGCUACCCCAAGUUACUGAACGAGAUAGAUAAUGAGUUUCAAAGAGUAAUACCUCCAAAACUAUCAACUGGUGGACCAGAGGCGGUGGCGAAAAUCGUAAACCAAGUACGAGCCUUUUACUUCCAACAGAGACCAGUUGAUAUGAGAAAUAUCGACAGUCUAAUUGAUCUCUUCACCGACAUAAUGUUCUUACGUCCAGCGUUGGAAACGGUCCGUUUCCGAGCCAAUACGACAAAGAGCCCGACGUACCUUUACCGUUUUGCCUUUGACGGAGCUUUAGGACUCUUUAAACGAAUGUUGGGUAUAACGUACCCCGGGGCGUGCCAUGGCGAUGAGUUGGGCUACCUGUUCUAUUUCUCAAGACUCAACUACAGGCUAGAUGGCGAGUCACCCGAGUUGACUGUUUCUAGAACCAUGGUACAAAUGUGGGCAAAUUUUGCUAAAACUGGAAGUCCAACUCCCCCAGUUGACUACGAGUCAAUAGUGAAUUUCAAUUGGCUCCCCGUCAAUACCGCAAAACCCAUUAAUUACCUCGAUAUUACCGAAACUGGGAACUUCACGCAGCGAAUUGACCCGGAAUCAAACCGGCUACACUUUUGGGACUGGCUUUAUGACAAUUCUAAACAGUAA